AUGAUUAUGUAUUUCUCUUUCUUCAUUUCCUUUAUCAUACCAAUAACAAUAAUCGAUCAGUCACACCACGUUACCAUUUCCGAUCACCACACGGCAGCCGAAUCUUUCAUGAAACACUUCGAGAACGAACAACGUCUAAGAAAUGGCUGCCCCGCUGACUGGGUUUGGAUUGUUCCACCAAUGAGUGGCAGUGUCACCCCUGUUUAUCAUCAAGAAAUGUUGAAUUACGUAUUGAAACCAUCAUAUGACUAUAUGGUUGAACCGUGGAAGACCCAUGUUUGGAAGAAGGACAGAGAGAAAUGCAAGCAGCAGGGAGAGAGGCCCAAACGUAAAUUUGGUUUCAGAGAUAUAGCUAGAGCCGUCAAGUUCUCAGCCAAAUUAAUGGGGAAAGCUCUGGCACGACGAGUCAAAUGCACAAUCAUGUAUGGCACCGAGACUGGAAAAUCUGAACGAUUUGCUAAAACACUUUGCGAAAUUUUUAAACAUGCGUUUGACGCUAAGAUGAUGUGUAUGGAAGAUUAUGACAUAACCGAUUUGGAGCAUGAAGCUCUCGUUCUCAUGGUAACAAGUACUUUUGGAAACGGUGACCCUCCUGAAAAUGGUUGGUCCUUCGCUAACGCCCUCUAUGAGAUGAAAUCCCAAAUGGCUGCCUCCGAGCCUAAAUGCCAGACCACGUCGUACAUACGAAUGAGCGUCUCAAGUGAGACAGAUAUCACCAACAAAGAGGAAAUAAGCGAUGCACAAACUCUUUCGAUGGAAUCCGGGAAACUCAGCAACGUACGAUAUUCUGUCUUUGGUCUGGGGUCACGUGCAUACCCCAAUUUUUGCGCUUUCGGUCAUUACCUGAACAAAGUGUUUAGUGAUUUGGGGGCAGAAAGAGUCUCCCCCAUGAUUGAAGGAGAUGAACUCUCGGCCCAGGAGGAAUCAUUUAAAGAAUGGGCCAAUGCCGUCUUUAAGGCAGCUUGUGAUACAUUCUGUCUCCAAGACGAUGUCAACAUACAGGAAGCCACUGGUGCCCUUCAUGGAAGCGAUCAAUCUUGGUCCCUCGGCAAAUACAGACUUCAAGAAGGAGCUAAAGAUUUGGAUCUCUGUGCAGUCAGGGUCAGCUUGCUGACGGAGAAAAGAGACCAGAGUAAAGCUGAAUCUAAUCUACCCCCAGAUGACGGAGAGCGCUACUGCAACACCUGCAACAGGAUCUUUAAUUCUCCGAUCGCCCAGUAUUGCCGCAUGAGACGACAUGGCAACGCAUCGAAAUAA